AUGCUUCGGCUUCGUUUCUGCUGCCAUGUAGUUCCACACUUCCAAUGGCCGGUUCUGUUCAUUGCCAACGGUGGUCUAAAAUGAACUCUCAGUUGCUUACAAACAGCCAUAGAUUGCCAACUUCGACAACAUUCUCUCUUGCAAGAACAAGCAUAAGCCAUGGCAGGAUCCUGGAUUGUUAUUGUAUUCAAGAGAAACAAGACCUCAAAGGCCAAACUGUUGCCGUUGUAGGGCUCGGUGUAUCUGGAAGAGCAGCUGCAAGGCUUGCUCUUGCUAGAGGUGCUUCAGUCCUAGCCAUUGACAGGAAUGAGAAUAUGAUCCCUUUGGAACAUGAUCCUCUAUUUGAGAAACAAAAUGACAUGAGAACCAUUCUUGGAUAUUGUGAUAGAAAGCUCCUAGAGGAUGCUGACAGGGUGGUGGUUUCCCCUGGGGUUCCCCUUGAAAACUAUGGUAUUUCAUCGUUAUUGCAAUCGGGAAGAUGGGUAAUGUCUGAGCUGGAUUUUGCAGCGGAAGCACUUCCCCAUGGUAUCAAGGUUUUAGCAGUGACUGGGACCAAUGGGAAAUCAACUGUAACUACUUUUGCUGGACAGAUGCUUUCUCAUUUGGGUAUCAAGGCAUUUGUUGGAGGAAACCUUGGGAACCCACUUUCAGAGGCUGCUAUUCAGUGCUUAACAUCAUCCUCUGUGGAUCCCAAGUUUCAGGUUGCAGUGGUGGAGGUUAGCAGCUAUCAAAUGGAGAUUCCAAAUACAUUCUUCUGUCCCUCAGUUGGUGUGGUUUUAAACCUCACUCCUGACCAUUUAGAGAGGCACAAGACAAUGGAUAAGUAUGCCACUGCAAAAUGCCGCUUGUUUUCUAACAUGAACAACAAGAAGCUUGCUGUUCUUCCAAUUGGUACAAGCUUUUUUGUUAGAAAUGAGCACUUGAAUGAAGCUUUCAAGGAUCAUGUGAACAAAUGUAAUCUUGCUUGGAUAGGGGACUUUCCUGGUGUGAAAAUUGACUUGGAAGCAAAGAUUGCAUAUUUGAAAAUUCCCAGUACUGGAGUUGUUACCCAGCUACAGCUUGGAGCAAUGAAAGCAAUGGGGACACACAACGAUCAUAAUGCUGCAGUUGCAGCAUUUUCUAUUCUUGGAUUAGAUGUUGGAAUUAAUCCUGAAGCCAUAAGUACAACGCUAAAUGCAUUGAGUGCCCCACCUCACCGGAUGCAAAUUGUACAUAGAGAUUCCCGUGGAAUAACAUGGGUAGAUGACAGCAAAGCUACAAAUGUUGAAGCGACUUAUGCUGGACUGAUGGGUCUGAGAGAGCAAAAGUCUGUGGUUCUACUUGGUGGUCUGGCAAAGUGAUGCAGCUUCCAUGGCUGGACUGACCUGAACCAAUCUGGACACCGAGACCAUGAAAAACCGGAUUUAGUCCAAUGGGGUAAUUAGGGGUUUGUUUAUUUGCUGCGGUUAUAUUUGUACCUUGAUAGUUGAUAUUUUUAAUUUUGAUAGCUGUUGAUAUAUGAAGUUAGAAUCCCAAGUUAGCUUUAAGUUCUGUUUUAGGAUACGAUUAGGAGCCUUUUUCCUUCUUUUUUUUUUAUUUUUUUUAUUUUUUUUAUCUUUAUAUAUUUAAGCACCCCAUCGAUGUCUCCUAUUCUCUCCCUUCUGUUCUUUUUCUUCCUCUUCUUUUCUUAUUGCCUUUUCUCCUUUUAUCUUUUGUUUUUUCUCUAAUUUCUCAUUGUUCAUAUGCUUCCCUUCCUAUCGUCUUAAAUUCUCUAUUUUUACUGGUUGUACUCUGUUUCUAAGCAGUACUGGCUCCCCAAAACAUUGAGUUCAAAUUCCCGAGUAUUCACUGGGUUUGAUUUAAAAUUUUGAGGGUUAGAUCAAUACCUUGGGGUGAUUCAAACCUUUCUGUUUCGAAUGGUUCUUAGUUGGGUUUCAGAGUAAGUGGGUUAGCAAUCUAAUCCUAAAAUUUCUUCCUGAUAGAGUUUGAUUUGGGUUAGAUCUUCUCACCUGAAAGCAAAAUCCAUUUACCACCCUACUGUUUGUCAAGAGGUAUGAGGUGAAUAUCUUUUAUUAUUUAUAGCUGUUUCUCAAUUUACGAAAUUGUCACUGUCCCUAAUUAUCACCUGUUAGCAACCUAUGUUAAGAUUUUGAAAUCUUGGGUUGCAUCAUACAGUGAUGUAAAGAAAAGCCAAGCAAUCAAUGGCAUAGUUGUCAUGGCGUCCAGGAGAUCCUAAGGGUUGGAGGAGGGGAAAAGAUCAAGGCGACACCAACAAGACAUCAAGGUGUUGCCUCGGCGCGGGGACGCCUAGGCGACGCAUUGACAACUAUGAUCAAUGGUCACACCCCUUCCAAGCUGUGUACCCAGCUAUGGGAAGGGUAUCAUUUUGGGCACAGCAUUUUGUAGCUAAAAUUGUUGAACACAGGCACAACUCCUAUUUUGAGAUGUAUGGGUAACAGAAACUUAAAAGAUAUGAUGUUUAGCAUUGAGAGGUAUCUAGUCUUUGUGGCAUGGAAACUCUUCUUUCUAUAAAUGGCUUAGUUUUCCAUAAUAGUGGCCAGUCAGGUAACUAAAGUUAACCAGUUUCUGUUAAGAUUUUUAUAAUUACUUC